AUGAAAUCGUGCCUCAUAGCCGUGUCAUUUAUCUUGUCAGUGGGUUGCUACAAGAAUAAAUUCCUGUCGCAAAACUUAGAUUCGGAGCCCUCUCUAUCGAUCCUCUACGCGCGCGACAAGAAAAGUGACGUGGUGACAAAUGAAUGCCUUAUGGAAAUGUACCCGAAGAACCUCUACAAGUACCCCUUGCAUAUAGACAGGAACGACGUGUCCUGCAUCAUACACUGUGUGCUAAAGAAGUUCGGUAUUAUGACCAACGAUGGAGUGAUCAACAUACACAACUACUAUCGCCGAGUGCAGGCCAUACAUAGAUACGAUCCGAGAGUUUUAAUAUCUGACGUAGGAGAAACCUGCGCUCAGAAUAUCAAUGGAAUGAAUUUAGAUCACGAUGUAUGUAAAAAGGCAAAAGUGUUCAAUGAUUGUACGCAACUCGGGACGUACUCUCGUAUAUCAGUAAUGUAUGCACAUGAUAAGACUUCGGAUCUAAUAGCAGAACAGUGCUUAACAGAAAUGUAUCCGAAGGGAAAGAAAGUGGAUCUGCAAGAAUCUGACGAAUCUUGCAUAAUCUUCUGCGUCCUGAAGAAGUUUGGUAUCAUGAACGUCAAUGGACAGAUCAAUUUAGAUAUUUAUAGAAAAAGAGUGCAAAUCGCCCAUCAGCUAGACAACAGGAGUGUGAUGGGUGAUAAUGGCGCAUCUUGCGUGGAGAGUGCAGAGGCGACUCAACAUAAACAAGACGUGUGCAAGAAGGCGAAGGUUUUUAAUGACUGUACGCAUCUAUACCGAAUCCUGCUUUAA